GUCGGAGCCGCGGCGGCGGCACCGCGGUUGGGAGCGCGGCGUCGUGCAGGGCUGCGGCGGUACGUGUGCGCGCGCGGCGGUGUGCGGAGCUCUCUGUGGAGGCCCGUGGAGCGGGGGCUGUGCGGCCUCGGUGCGCGCUCGGUGCGGAGCUGCGGGAGGAGCGUGUGCGGAGCUCCGCGCGGGGCGUGUGCGCCGCGUCGUGAGGGGCUGCGCCGGCACCGCCUCAUUCUCCUGGGGUUCCAUACGUGGCAAGGAAUUUGUUGUGAGCUCUGGGUGCAAUGGCGAGCCUUCUGCGUGUUGCUGUGAGUGGAUGCCCAGCUCCUGUUUUAGGCAAUGUGUUCCCGCCGAAGGCGUGUUCCGCAAAGGUGCUGUGCUUGCGCAUGUUUAGAACCCACCAGGUGCUUGGGUCUCAGGCCAAAGCCAGGCAAGCUCCAAAGCCAGGAAUUCCGUAUAAACAACUGACUGUGGGUGUUCCCAAGGAGAUAUUUGAGAAUGAGAAGAGAGUGGCUCUGUCACCGGCUGGAGUUCAAGCCUUGGUCAAGCAAGGCUUCAAUGUUGUGGUGGAAUCUGGUGCUGGAGAAGCUUCUAAAUUUUCUGAUGACCAUUACAGAGAAGCUGGAGCAAAGAUCCAGGGGACCAAGGAAGUCUUGGCUUCUGAUUUGAUUGUGAAAGUGAGAGCUCCUACAUGUAACUCAUCUCUAGGUGUACAUGAAGUAGAUCUUUUCAAGACAGCAGCAACCCUGAUUAGUUUUAUCUACCCAGCACAAAAUCCAGACCUCCUGAAAAAACUUGCAGAAAAAAAAGCUACUGUCUUGGCUAUGGAUCAGGUUCCACGGGUAACCAUUGCUCAGGGAUAUGAUGCACUUAGCUCCAUGGCCAACAUUGCUGGUUACAAGGCUGUGGUCCUGGCAGCAAAUCACUUCGGUCGAUUUUUCACAGGUCAAAUCACAGCUGCUGGUAAAGUUCCUCCAGCAAAGGUGCUGAUCAUUGGAGGAGGGGUUGCUGGCCUGGCUUCUGCAGGAGCAGCAAAAUCAAUGGGUGCAGUGGUUCGUGGAUUUGAUACUAGAGCUGCAGCCCUGGAACAGUUCAAGUCUCUUGGCGCUGAGCCUUUGGAAGUAGACAUAAAGGAAUCUGGAGAGGGACAAGGUGGUUACGCUAAAGAAAUGUCCAAAGAAUUUAUUGAAGCUGAAAUGAAACUCUUUGCCAAACAGUGCCAAGAUGUUGACAUUAUCAUCACUACAGCACUUAUUCCAGGCAAAAAAGCUCCAAUCUUGUUUAAGAAAGAUAUGAUUGAAUCUAUGAAGGAAGGUUCAGUUGUUGUGGAUUUAGCUGCAGAAGCAGGAGGAAAUAUUGAGACUACAAAGCCUGGAGAAAUGUAUGUUCAUAAGGGUGUUACACACAUUGGGUACACAGAUCUGCCUAGCAGAAUGGCUACUCAGGCCAGUAGCCUGUAUUCUAAUAAUAUUAUCAAACUUCUAAAAGCUAUUAGCCCUGACAAAGAGAACUUCUACUUUGAUCCAAAAGAUGACUUUGACUAUGGGACUCUGGAUCAUGUUAUUAGAGGAACUGUUGUAAUGAAGGAUGGCAAAGUGAUUUUCCCAGCACCUCCACCAAAUAAUAUUCCUCAGGGAGCGCCAGUGAAGCAGAAGACUGUAGCAGAGCUGGAAGCAGAAAAAGCAGCUACUAUUACACCUUUUAGAAAAACCAUGACUACUGCAUCUAUAUACACAGCAGGUCUAGCUGGUAUGUUAGGGCUGGGCAUUGUAGCACCUAAUGCUGCUUUCACACAAAUGGUGACAACAUUUGGCCUCUCUGGGAUAGUGGGGUACCACACAGUGUGGGGUGUGACUCCUGCUCUGCACUCCCCGCUCAUGUCUGUGACUAAUGCUAUCUCAGGUCUGACUGCAGUUGGUGGGCUGGUACUGAUGGGAGGACACUAUCUCCCUCAAAACAUUUCUCAAAGCCUAGCAGUGCUUUCAACCUUUAUAUCUUCAGUCAAUAUUGCAGGUGGCUUUUUAGUUACACAGAGAAUGCUGGAUAUGUUCAAACGUCCCACAGACCCUCCUGAGUACAACUACUUGUACCUGCUCCCUGGUGCUGUAUUUGUAGGAGGCUAUGCAGCUGCUCUCAGCAGUGGCUAUUACAUUGAACAAAUGAUGUAUCUGGGCUCAGGACUGUGCUGUGUUGGUGCACUGGCUGGUUUGUCUACCCAAGGAACAGCUCGUCUUGGCAAUGCUUUGGGUAUGAUUGGUGUUGCAGGAGGUUUAGCCGCAACUCUUGGAAACCUUAAUCCUCAACCUGCAUUGUUGGCACAGAUGUCAGGUGCAAUGGCACUUGGUGGGACCAUAGGUUUGACAAUUGCUAAGCGCAUUCAGAUUACAGAUCUGCCUCAGCUAGUGGCUGCUUUCCACAGUUUGGUCGGUUUGGCUGCUGUGCUCACCUGUGUAGCAGAGUACAUAAUUGAAUAUCCUCACUUUGCCACUGACCCUGCUGCAAACCUCACCAAGAUUGUGGCAUAUCUUGGCACAUACAUUGGUGGAGUGACAUUCAGUGGCUCUCUUGUUGCGUAUGGAAAACUGCAAGGUAUCCUGAAUUCUGCACCUCUGCUCUUGCCUGGUCGUCAUGCAUUGAAUGCAGGAUUGCUGGCUGCCAGCAUUGGUGGGAUGGUACCCUACAUGAUUGAUCCUUCUUACACCACGGGAAUUACUUGUCUGGGUUCUGUGUCAGCACUCUCAGCCAUAAUGGGUGUCACUUUAACAGCAGCUAUUGGAGGUGCUGACAUGCCUGUAGUUAUUACUGUCCUGAACAGUUACUCUGGAUGGGCUUUGUGUGCUGAGGGCUUUCUCCUGAACAACAACUUGCUGACCAUUGUUGGUGCACUCAUUGGCUCCUCUGGGGCCAUCCUCUCUUACAUCAUGUGUGUGGCUAUGAACCGUUCCCUUGCAAAUGUGAUUCUUGGGGGCUAUGGCACUGCAUCAACAGCUGGUGGGAAACCCAUGGAAAUUACUGGAACUCACACAGAAAUCAAUUUGGACAAUGCAGUUGAAAUGAUAAAAGAAGCCAAUAGUAUUAUUAUUACUCCAGGUUAUGGCUUGUGUGCAGCAAAAGCUCAGUACCCAAUAGCUGAUCUGGUGAAGAUGUUGAGAGAACAAGGGAAAAACGUCAGGUUUGGUAUUCACCCUGUGGCUGGUCGUAUGCCUGGUCAGCUGAACGUACUGCUAGCAGAAGCUGGUGUUCCCUAUGAUAUUGUACUGGAAAUGGAUGAAAUCAAUGAAGACUUCCCAGAGACUGACUUGGUCCUUGUAAUUGGUGCAAAUGAUACAGUUAAUUCAGCAGCUCAGGAAGAUCCGAACUCUAUCAUAGCUGGAAUGCCAGUUCUUGAGGUCUGGAAGUCCAAACAGGUCAUUGUAAUGAAGAGAUCUCUGGGAGUUGGUUAUGCAGCAGUGGACAAUCCCAUCUUCUACAAGCCCAAUACUGCCAUGUUGUUGGGAGAUGCUAAAAAGACAUGUGAUGCCCUGCAGGCCAAAGUCAGGGAAUCGUACCAAAGCUAAAUACUGAUUUAUAUUCUGCUCAUAUUUCCGACUACAGUUUUGUCACAGAGGUCACAGAAAAUGAGAGGUGGAAGAAUCUCUCAAUGUCCUAAGGCAGCUGGCUUUUGGAGAAGACAGCAUUGACUCCUAGGAGAUGUAGUUCAGUCAGGGGAUAUAGACUUUUAUAAAAAGAUGGGCAGAUUAGCCCUUCAAACUAAAUCUCCAAUGAGACAAUGCAUAAAAGAAUAAAAAUGGGUUUUUUUAAGGUCAACAUUGUGCUGUUACAAGGAGGAUCUAAUAACUCAUGGCCAUCUUUAAGUAGUUACUGACUUCCUCCUCCUUACUGUCUGUACUUCUGUCAUGGAAAUUCACUAAAAAAUACUGUGCCAAAACUGUAUUCAGUCUUAUCAUCAAAGCUGUUUUUUGGCUGGUAUGGACAAUGCAACUGUUGAUUUCAUCAAAACUUAAAAAUAAAUUUCAAACAGAUGGAAGCAGGAGCAAAUCCUUGCAUGUCCCUUCAAACUCAGGACAUUCUCUGAAAUAGAUGUGUACAUGAUUUGAGAUCUAAGCAUAAUGUUAGUUUUCUUUUGGGGAUUGUAUGGAUGCUGUGAAUCAGGAACAUUUUAGAAAGUUACUUUGCUUUUAAAUACAGUUCCACUUUUUAUGGUGCACACUUAUGUUAAAUGAAACACAGGAUAUCAGGCACUUGCCAAGUAAUCUUCUAGUCUGACAAGGAAAUGUACAUUUACUUGCACUGCUUACCUAUUUAAGCAGCUGAUCAAUUCUCCAUCAUUUCUAGUUGUUGCCUUUUUAAGUGUCUGAGAAAAAAUACGGUCCAGUUCUGCACAGGCAGAAUGUCUUGCAUACCUGAUGUGUUCACAGAAUUCGGACCACAGUGUUUCAGUUUGUUCACUUAGCUUUUAAUUGUACUUACUACUUUAGUAGUAGUGAUGCUUAGUGAUGCUUUCUUAAUUAAUAUUCUUGUGAUGCUGAAAAAGAAAACAUUUGAAUUCUCACUCUCUAUUCUCCUCUUGUGAGAUCCCACCUGGAUUGUUAUCUUCAGCUCUGGGGCCCCCAACACAAGAAAGAUGUUGAACUGUUGGAACAAAUCCAGAGGAGGCCACUAAGCUGAUCACAGGUCCUGAGCACCUCUCCUGUGUGCACAGGCUGAGAGGGCUGGGACUGCUCAGCAGGGAGCAGAGAAGGCAUCGGUGACACCUUGUAGCACUUUCCAGUACCUAAGAGGGGCCCCAAAGAGGGUGGGAGAAGGACUUUUCACAUGGGCAUGUAGUGACAGGACAGAGGGGAAUGGAUUCAAAUGAACAGAGGACAGGUUUAGAAUAGAUGUUAGGAAAUUCUUUGUGUGGCAGUGGUGAGGCAAUGGAACAGGUUCCCAGAGAACCUGUGGAUGCCCCAUCCCUGGAAUUGCUCAUGACCAAGGCAGUAUGGGGCUCUGAGCAACCUUGUCUAGUUGAAAGUUCCCUGCCUAUGGGGUUCCAAGUGCACCUGGAUGGUCUUUAAGGUCCCUUACAGGCCAAGCCAUUCUAUGCUUCUAUAUUUAAGAUGCUGAAGUUAAUUAGAAUUUUUUCUAAAUAAAUAAGCUAUUGUUUGGACAGCACAGAAACAUAUUAAACCUAAAAUCCAGUGUUUUGAUUGGCUUUUCACUAAUCUAAUUAAAAGCACUGUUUAGUUUCCAUAAAAAGUCCAGCAAAUUUAAAUUAUUACAUAGAUUGCUGUUUUGUUUUUAUUCUAGUAAGUAUCCUUGACUGAAAUUCAAAUAUUUGCCUAAUAACAUGGAUUUGUCAUAUUUCCAUAAUGAUAUAGCAACUGUCUGUGGUGAAAAGGCAAAAUAGAAAUCACUGUCCUUGUGUUAGAGAAGACAAACUAUUAUGAAGAAAGUCUUGAAAUUAAUCCAUUUUGGUCGAGAGAACAAACAUUUUUUUAUUACACCAUGCAUAGAGACCUCAUAUAAAAUACAGCAUUUCUUCUUGGCUACCUCUGUUUUUAUGUGAAAAUCAUUUAAAACACAGAUUUUGAACAGGUAAUACAUUAAAAAUGUAACAAUAUACUGCAGAUCUAUAAUUUUUGCAGAUCUCUUUUCUAUGAUUUGACAUAAAAUUUUUCAUGCAAGCACUUAUAUGUUGCAUACUGCAGGAAAAGGCUUGUAACUGAAUUUUAAUUUAAAACACUGUGACACCUAUAUUUGAAUGUAGCAUAUAUGCUUCUCAAUUUCAUUGUAUUCAAGUUUUCCUUCAGGUCUAUAAAAAAUAGGAGGGAAAUUGGAGAAGAGGGAAGACAAAGAAAUAAUUCUCCAUCUCCCUUCCAGCUAAGCAAAAGGAAAAAAGGGGAUUUUAAGGGAUCUAACAUGCUAAAGCAUUAAUUUUUGUCUUGUCCAACUUGAAGUAUCCAGCUGCAGUAUGCAUCAUGUCUCUUAUAGAUCUUAUAUUAGCUAUCUCUUCAUAGAUUGCUAAUAUAAGAUCUACCUUUUCUUUAAAAAAUAGCAUAUGGGGGAGGGACAACACUUUUUCAUUUGUUCUUUGAGAAAAACCUCAUUCUGUUACUUUGGAUCAUUAGUACCACGGUUCUCUUUAACAUGUGCUUUUCUGUGGAACACUAGAUAAUUGCUGAAGUGCUAAUAAAAAGUCAGUUAUUUUUCUCUGUUGAUAACUGUGUUUGUUUUCUUCUGUUGUUUUUCCUGAGUAGUUAACUAGUCCAAUGUUACUUUUGAAAGUUAAAAUAAUCAAGCUGCCACCAAAGGAUGUUGAGAUUGAAGGCUGUAGUGAAUGGAAAUCAUAAUAAAAUAUUCUUUUUCUUUUU